GCGGGAUGUGGCCCUGGUCAGUGGCCGCGUUGUUGUUUGUUGUAGGUUUCAUGACAGAAGAAGCUUACGGGUCGCGCAACUCGUCCUCCAUUAUGUGCUCUUCGGACAGCGCCAACAGAAGCCCGCAACCGUGAGUGAAUGGGCUCGCUUCUGCAGCCAGCCGCAAGCGGCCGUGCACUCCAGCCAAUCGAUGUUUGCAAGGCUCGAGCGCGACGUCUAGGAACUUUUGUACUGCAUGAGUCGCGUGCUCGAACUGGAUCUUGUAUCAAGUGCAAUGGCUCGACGAUGAGGAGUUCAUCAUGUCUCGCCCGACGACCGCCGACCUUGUGGGCGAUCACCCUCUUGCGCAAGUUGCGCGGAAACAGUGGUUGACGAGCAAACCGAGCAAAGUCCUCCCAGAGACACUUCAAGGGCUAUGGGACGCGGUAGAGAGCGAUGCGAAUGCGCCAUACGCGCUCCUCCUGCUCGAACAGCUACAAGCACUCGAACGCUACCUCUGGCCGAGCUACAGUGACGAUAGCUCGAAUCACCACGUCCUCCUCAUCGCAUUGCUGGUCAACAUCAAGCGACAAGAGAAGCUGCCCGCCUGGUCACUGUUCGCCGACCGACCAGAUGAGUUCUCCAGUUUCUUCAGAAGAGUCACGCAUUGGAGUCUCGAUUCCAGCCUGUCGAUGGGUCUGCGAACGCAUCUGCUUAGCUUCCUAGUCAAUGCCUUCCAGAGUCUGGACGAUGCGCUUGUCCGAAGGGAGUGCCAGCCUUUGGUGUCUAUUGGUAUAUGGCAGGAUCUGCACAGCGACGAGUCACGCCAGGAGCGCCUGAACAAGAGUACGCAAUUGCAGAAGGCGUGGCGGGCCGCGACCAAGCGGUUGGAAAACGCAGAUGUAGCAGGGCAGGCCAAGCUGCGCUUCGAGAGGAGCUGGCUGUACACACUUGUUCUGCAUUGCAUUGACAAGCUUUACGAUUCAGAUACUUCGGCAGAUCAGAGGCGCGACAAUCUACAGUUCUGUGAACGCUUUCUUGAGCUCAUGUGCGAUCUGCUGGCCCAGCUUCCAACGAGACGAUACGUGAAUGCUCUUCUUCAGGACUUGAACUUGCAAUCUGCGGCUCUUCUAUCACCCUUGUACCAGGACGGCGACGAUGCCGCGUUGCUUCGGGAGAUGCAUCAGCUGUUGCACCACUACAUGUACUUUCCAAUCGACGAUCAUAACGGCAAGCAGCUUAGCCAACAGGAGCACGACGAAGCGCAUAACGCGCGUAUUGCGCGACUGCAGAACGUGGCGCUCAAGCUUCACCCGGAGAAGCUUAAGAUUCUCGUACUAUCCAAUUAUGGCUCGCUAGCCCAAAGGGAGGAGCUACUCUCACAUCUGAAGGUGCUGAACGAUGCUGAGCUCAUCGAGCUCACGUCUCACCUUGACCUUCGAACCACAUAUCCAGAGAGAUCCAACAUCAUCCUCGAUCGAACCUUCUUCAACGAUCUCAUUGCUACCGUCAUCGAGCACAAAGCGAUGUAUACUUCCACCGUCAGCGCCGCUCCAGUCCUACCCACCGAAAGUUCUCUCUACGACCCUAUCCUUCUGCGCGCGGAUAACUACACUGGCUCGCACCCUCUCCCCAUCCCAAAGUUGAACCUGCAGUAUCUGAGUCUAGGCGACUUCCUCUACCGCUCUUUCAUGCUGUACCGCGCUGAAGCUUUCAGCGUCGUCCGCCAACACAUUGAGGAUACCAUCAAGCGGCUGCAGCUUCGCAUAGGAGGCGGCCAGGUUCGCUUUGACGGGUUCUCCAGGAUGGCGAUACCCAUCUCUAAACCCGCCAUAAUCGAGACUGUACCUCCAAGGGUGGGCGAGGAGAUGCCUGCCGAGGUGCGAGUGGAGGUUUUGCUGGACGUAAGUCGGUUGCAGCCGGGUCUGAGGCGGGAAUGGGAAAGCUUCAAGGAAGGCGACGUGGUCUUUCUGCUAGACGUGCAGCCACCUGCUGUCAAUGACAGAUCUCUAACGAACGGACAUGCAGCUCAUGGUCACUUGCAAUCUGCGGCGGAAAAAGCAGGCGUGAAAGUCCUCCGCUGCGCGGAAGUCAUCAGCGUGCUUGACGACAAUGGCCGCGUCCUUCGCCGCGAACAUGAGGCCGCAGAUCAAAUCGAUGGCUUCGCUCGGCCUCGGCAACGCCGUCUCUUGCUGCGCCUGGACGGCGCGGCGUACAAGCGCGACAAGGAACGUGCAGAUGCUGGCAAGGGCGACGUACUGGAAUCAAUCAACGUGAUUCUCCGUCGGAGAGCGCGGGAGAAUACCUUCAAGGCCGUGCUGGACAACAUCAAGCAGCUGACUCUGACACAAGACGUGCCCGUACCGGAUUGGCUGCGGGAUGUGUUUCUGGGCUUUGGCGACCCGAGUGCGGCGGCUUAUAAGCGCUUGCCCAACCGGGUGGCGAGGGUGGAUUACGGUGAUACAUUCCUAGACUGGCAGCAUCUAAUCGAAGGGCUCGAAGGGAAGAGAGUUGAAGUCGACCCGGGAAUGGAGGGCAGUUUUCCACCUCCGUAUAUCCUUGAGACAACGGCUUCUACGCAAGCAGCCAAUACCACGGUCCCACGAGCGAAGAAACGCCGUCAUGAUCAGCCGGAUGGACCGGAGCCUGCGCCAUCUGCUACCGCGGAGACGGUGAAGGUCACGACGUACAAGCCGCCGACUACGGGACCGUAUUCCCCCAGCCGCAGAAGGCGGACUGGUAGUGGUGUCCGCUUCACCCCGCGUCAGAUCGAAGCUAUUACCUCUGGCACUCAGCCGGGCUUGACUCUCAUUCUUGGACCUCCAGGAACAGGUAAGACGGACGUCACCACGCAGAUCAUCGCAAACGUUUACCGCAACUUUCCGCGCCAGAGAACGCUGGUCAUUGCGCAUUCGAAUCAGGCGUUGGAUCAAGUCUUCGCCAAGAUCGGUUCACGACACGUUGAUGAGCGACAUUUGCUACGUCUAGGCCACGGUGAGGUCGGAGAUAAGUCUGAAGCGGAGGCGGGUAAGCUGGGAAGGCUCGAGGGGUUUGUGGAAAGGACGGCAGGAUUAUUGAUGGAGGUACAAAGGCUGGCCGACUCUAUCGGGGCGGUGGGAGCGCAUGGUGGUAGCUGCGAGACUGCAAGCUACUUCGCCGAAGUGAUUAUGCGGCCACUGUGGAAGAGAUUCUGGGAUGCUGUUGCGGCCGGCGAAGGGAUUGUGGAAGCCUUCCCUUUCCACGCGUAUUUCACGAGCGCGCCGCAUCCUCUCUUCUCACCCGCCUCGAGCAGCGAGGAGUUGAUAGAGAUUGUGAGAGGUUGUGAGCGGCAUAUGGACAAGAUGUUCGAGGAGGUGGCUGAGAUGCGACCUCUGGAGAUCCUGCGGCACCAGAGAGAUAAGAUGGACUACCUGCUCGUCAGUGAGGCAAGGAUCGUGGCGAUGACAGCCACGUACGCGGCUAUGCGGUGGCGGGAGAUGACGCGGUUGGGUGUUGGAUUUGACAACGUGGUGGUGGAAGAGGCGGCGCAGAUGGUGGAGAUUGAGGCCUUCGUACCGAUGGUGCUACAAGGAAGGAAAGAGACUGGAGGCUUGCAGAGACUGAUCUUAGUCGGAGAUCACCUGCAAAACGCGCCAGUGAUCCAGAACGCAGCAUACCGUGACUACGCGGGGAUGGAGCAGAGUCUAUUUCAACGACUCAUCAGGCUGGGCGUCCCGCACACCAUCCUCGACGCGCAAGGCCGCAGCCGACCGAGUCUGGCGCAGCUGGUCAUGUGGCGGUACCCCCACCUCACCAACCUCUCCUUCACGACGACCGCGCCGGAGUUUGUGCGUGCCAACGCAGGGCUCCGGCACGAAUACCAAUUCAUCUCCGUACCGGACUACAAAGGCCGUGGCGAAACGGAGCCAAGCCCGCAUUUCUUCCAGAACCUUGGCGAGGCUGAGUACGCGGUGGCGUUGUUUCAGUAUAUGCGCUUGCUCGGGUAUCCGGCGGAGAAGAUCAGUAUUCUGUGCGCGUAUGCGGGGCAAAGGGCGUUGGUGAGGGAUGUGUUGGCGCAUCGGUGCAAAGGUGCGGGUGUGGCGGGGAGGUUGUUUGGUAUGCCUGGGUGGGUGGGGACGGUGGACAAGUACCAGGGUGAGCAGAAUGAUUAUGUCAUAUUGAGUCUGGUGCGGACCAAAGGGGUAGGGUUUAUGCGCGAUCUCAGACGUUUGACCGUGGCGCUGUCGCGGGCGAGGUUGGGCUUGUAUGUUCUUGGUCGACGGGAGGUCUUCGAGUCGAGUCUUGAGCUUAGAGAGGCUUUCGGAGCGUUACUCGCGAAGCCUGAGAGGCUGGCCGUCGUGGCGAACGAAAUGUAUCCGACUACCAGGCUGUUGGAGGAUGACGUGGAGUCGGUAGAGAUGAGCGGGGUGGAGCAUUUGGGGCAGUAUGUCUAUGAAAUGACGCAAGCGAAGAUUAAGGCGUUGAAGGAGGGUGCUGAGAUGCUGCCGCCGGCUGCGACAACUGUUGGCGGGCUGGAAGAGGAUGGAGAGGGUGAAGAAGCGGAAGAGGCCAUGGACGAUGUUGACGAGGCCGAUCAGGAGAAUGUUGUCGGCAUUGCUUAGCGCGGCUUGCUGCAUUUCUGCAUCUAGAUACCCCAUGUCGCUGCUUGUAACAUAUUGUAUACAGUACUGAGAAGCAGCUACUGCUGCCUACUUGUAGUAUUCUAGGUCGAUAUUACGAUGCCUUCUGCGGUGGCGGAGAAAGCUCAUCGGUGAUAUUCUGUGAAUCUUUCCACGCGAGCGCAACGUACCUG